AGGAUGAUGAUUCGGGGUCUCGGAGAGCGACAAAGGUUUUUAGAGUGUGUUGGGAACUAAGUUGUCGAUGUUGAAUUGUAUGCAUGCGAGCAAGGAAUUAAAUUGCUUGUACAGUAUCGCCCUCUACCGUCAUGGGAUUACUGCGCAGAGGGUGGGUGGCGCUUUAGGUGGGACAUCUAGACUCUUAGGUUGCAGGGUUUUGAACUAUCUCUUAUUCUUGGAGAGUAACGAAAUAGGAUUUUACGGAUUCACGAGGUUUUGUCCUUUGUCUCUUGAUUUUUCUUAUAAGCAUCCCUAGGGAUAAGCAGGGAACCAUCUGCGCUGUAUACCAAACAGAUGCAGAUGCAGGGGAGAUUCACAGCCUCCAAAUCGAUCGGAAUGAACCUCCUGAAGCUGACAUAAGCCUGGCAGACUAGAGACACAGGGAGACAUGCGACCUCGAUUGCACAAGUGUUCGCAAGGUAGUGCAGUCAAGUUCGAAUAUUCCAACUCACUAAAGAUCUAGUCCUGACCAAGUAUCGGAGGUGCUUGGUGCCUGAGUGGUUUUUCUAUUAAUAAGGAUUCCUUCCACUUCGGCUUCAACUCCCAUUGAGCUACAUCAAUUUCUGUCCUUGCUCGCCGUGUUGGACAGUGCGUUGCGUUUAGCGUGCACGCAGUGAAGUAUUCUCUACAGCAGCCGAGGAGACCAGUUAGUAUUGGAUGAGAGGAUUCUUUCAAGCUCCAGGACAAUACCGAUUGGGUUCCAGUUGUGUCACCUGCUUUUGUCUUAGAAGUGCUCCACAUGUAAGCUUACGAUGUGCCAUGGUGAAGUUGAUUGCUUUCAUGGAAGCGCUGUUGCCAAACUUUUUCCGAGUCAUUUAAUGUCAAACUUAUUUUUCACUCUACAAGUAGCCGUUAGAGAAUUUGUAUUAUUUCCUUAGAUUAGGGUACCCAGGUGUACGACCAGUUUGGUGAGUGCUUUGAAUUCCCGUUAGCAAUUUGUCUGGAGGACUGUCGCUUGGGAUGGCGUUCGAGGAAUCUGUACCCGAGACGGGAUCUUGGGAUUUCAGGGAAAUUUGGUUGAGGGAUGAGUCCGACGAUCCAAAGAGCAGAACCUACUGUGUAGACUAUCAUGUAGGUUGCAUGGAACAACCAUCUAUAGAACGACUGGUGGAGCGUGUAAAUCAGAUGCAUUCCAGCCUGGAUACCGAGUGUGCCGAACUGCAAACUCAUGCUGCGAACGCCCUUAAAGCAGAGGUGGAAAGAGAUUGGGAAUCCUCGUUCCAAGAGUACAGAAAAUUUAUAGAAGUUCUUGGCAGAGUCGGGUAUGAUGAGUUUGGGACAAAGUCGUUUCGCCUUUAUGCGGAUUACGUGUGGGUAGAAGCCUGGGCAGCCAUACCGUUGGCUUUGCACAAUCAAAUCAGGCUCGGAAAUUACGACUUGGCUGUAAACGUUUUUGGACAUCUACGAGCAUCGCGGAACGGUGUGAUGAGUGAACGACUCCCAAUGAAUGCUUAUGCAAGCAUAGACCAACACAUCAGAGUUAUUGAUUGGGAGACGAGCUACAUGCUCAAAGGACGCGGCCAAGAGGGGCUGGCGCAGAUUCUCGCGGAGCGUGCUGUUCGGGACUUUCGGCCCCGCUGGUAUCUACAUGAUGAAAUUCCUGCGGAGGCAACUCUGUGUCACCUGCUUGGCAACCAACACCGCAAGUUUGGGCAGUACGAAACGGCAAUGAAAUGGCGAUCCGAACUGCGAAAAUGGGUGGAGUGCAAUGAGUUAUCGGUGGAUGCUGAAGUGGAAAUUACAUUAAGCGAUGCUUUUCUGCUAUGCGACAUGGAUAAUUUCUCGGCCGCUUCCCACGAGCUCCUCAAGUUGAAGCAGAGGAUCAGUGAUGCGGACAUGGACAACGUGCACCUGAGAAGAGUGUUGCAUGUGGAUAACGCCUGGUGGCAAUGCCGGAGGCACCUGGCUCUCCACCAGGGUCUCCAGGAUUCCGAGCCGGCCGCGCAUUCGGGUAGGUUCAAUAAGGCAGAUUAUGAAACGACUGCAUUCUCAGUCUGUAGUGCAACGUAUGCGCGAAGUAAUGGAUUUGAAUUCACGAGGUUUAUGCAGGAGGUGUCGGAGUGUAUGAGCUGCAUGGAUGAUUUCCCAGAUUCUGUCCGUAUGAUUGAAAACAUAUUUACUGUUACAAGCAAGGCGAGCUCCACUUCGAGUUCACAGGUACAUAUAACAGAUUUUUACUUCGACAUCCCAACUGGUCAAACAAGAAUUGGUGACACAUUACUUCAUGAAGCGUUUGCCCAUGUGCAAACAAUAGUUAGUGGCACUUUCGUUGCUGCAGCUUCAGCCCGUGUGCUGCCAGAGGAUUUUGGUAUACAGCUAGAAAAUUCUGGUAUACAGCUAGAAAAAUUACGGGAUUCUGCAACUAUGGGACUCCAAGCGGAGUCAUAUAAUUUUUGGCAUGGAGCUUUUUUCUGUUAUCGAAAUUUUCUAGAAGCACUUGUCUCUCGCUGUGACUUGCCUCCGCCUGGCAGCUAUUUGCGGCAUGCCUAUCAAACACUAUUUAUAUGGGCUGCACUCCCUUACGCACUGACCUACCACACACAGCUCAAGGACUACGAGCAUUCUAUCUGGUUAUUGCGAAUCAUUCAACUGGUUAUGGAUGGUAUUGUCUCUGGCCCUUGGCUCGGGGGUUUUGUUCCUGGCGUUACAAAGGCAGCCUAUGUAGCCGUGGAGUUGCAGGUGAGGAUGGCUGCGUGGGAAUGGAGUUGGGCCCUUAUUGAGGAGGGGAUGGUGGAUAAGUCGGAUAUGCUUAGGAAGAUGGCAACAAGAAACUUCCCAAAUCAGUUUCUGGUUCUACCACCUCAAUUAGGCAUGGAUGACGAGGACCGUGCCAAGGUUUCGUUGUGUGAAUUAUUGCACAAUUUAUAUUGCGAUGUAGGGGACUAUGAGGAAGCCGGAGCUUGGGAAGCCAAGUUUUCUGACUACGUGCAUCGGUUUCUUGGUAUGCCGAUGUCCGAACCUCAUUGGCAAAGAGUUGCUGGUCGCGUGCUCCUUAUCGACCCAAAAACACCAGCAUAUCCUCGAAUCACUCAUGUCCCAACAUGUAUCAGAUUUGCGAAUCCUCCUCCCCGCUCAAGCGGGUCGUCAACACCAGAACGGAUGUUCAACGCCAAUCCAAACAACAGUCUUAUAUUUUGACGCCUCUGUACAAUGGCUACCAACUUGCAUGGAUACUGCAGUUGUCUCAAAAGAAAGACUUGUUUAUGUGAUCAUUCUUGGAAAGCGAAGGAAAAAGUCGGACUACGAGUACCAUCACGGUGGUAUCGAAUUUGCAUCCGCAUGUCCUGCCCAUCUGUUCUCACUGGCGCAGCCUGUCAACUUGACGAGUCGUUCCAGUGCUAGUACGUGAAAUUUGAUACUAUUUCACGAUGUACUGGAUCAACCAUAGCAGUCUAAUAGCAAUUCAUUGAUCAUGUGGUGAUUGCACCUUUGACAACGUCGCCCCGCACUUGAUCGCCGUCGCCGACAGCCUGAAGUUCGCCUGGCGACCCCUAUUCAUUACUGCAUGUUCAAUCGAUCAAGAAUCGACCAAGAGGAGAUGAACUACGAUCAACUUCUUUGGAAGCUGUUUGCGUAUAACUUCUAGCACUUGAGGUCGUACUUGACAUCAAGUCAAGCACAGGAUUUACAAGAAGCAUUCGUUACACUUCCAUCUCUUCUUUCGGAAAGAAUCGCCUUGUAGUUAAGUCCCAAACUCUAUUCAAUGAGUCUUGUCUUUUCUCUGCUCUGUCACUAGUGUAGAAUCUAGAUGAGAUUGUGUGAUAGCAUGCUUAUCGAAGGCGUCGGAUGAGAGCUUAGACGGGCCGGAGUGUAUCGUGUUGGACAGUAGUCAUUUGUAUUGUAUGCUUAAAGUAAUUCAAUGUGUAUAUCAUAUUGGAUGAAAGCACGAUGUGGGUACUAAAAAGUCAUGACUUCUACAGAAUGACUACAUGUAAUUCAAUUUAUGUAUACUUCACAUUUCGCCUUUAAUACCAUGUAUGCAACUUCAGCCA